AUGUCGACAGUACUUUUGGCCGUUAUUGCAGUGAUAUUAUGUAUACUUUUUCGAAUCUUGAACGUGAAUAGUCAACCACACAAGCCUCUCAUUUAUGGACGUGAUAAAAAUUUCAUAGAAAAUAUUCUCUUCAUAGCUCCAUUUUUGAGUGAACCAUAUAUACCAACAAGAUUAUGGGGAUUCAGUGGACAUGUCCAGACAAUUUUACACAGUCUUAUUGGAAGAGUCCGUUGCCCUUGGCCAAUCGGUGCAAGAAUAAUGUUAGUUCUACCUGACCGCUCCACUCUAACCUAUGACUUGUAUGAACCUGUUGGUGCGGAACAUGAAGACGACGUAACGGUAGCCAUAUGUCCCGGUAUCGGCAACACGUCGGAGAGUGUGUACAUUCGUACAUAUGUACACUACUCUCAGCGUCACGGGUACAGAUGUGCUGUACUGAAUCACAUUGGUGCCCUCAACAGCGUUCCUGUUACUGGAGCAAGGAUCUUCUCGUACGGUCACACGGAUGACUUCAGUUACAUGAUUGAGAAUCUCAUGGAGAAAUAUCCCAACACAAAGCUGAUUCUAGUAGGAUUCAGCCUUGGCGGCAAUCUGAUUACGAAGUACUUGGGCGAGGACAGGAAAAGGCCAAAAAAUAUAAUUGGCGGGAUCUCUAUUUGCCAGGGAUAUAAUGCUAUCGACACAAUGGUGUACCUUCUCCAAUGGCAGAACUUCCGUCGUUUUUACCUCUACAUCAUGACAGACAACUAUAGAAACAUUAUAACCCGACAUAAGCGAAUGCUGCUCAACCAGGACUUGAAGAUUAAGUAUAAUUUGGACGAGAAGAUGAUUGUUUCGGCUGGUACAUUACCGGAUCUAGAUGAGGCAUAUUCUAGGAGAGUCCACGGCUUUAAAUCCGUGACGGAGUUGUACAAAUGGAGCUCGUCAGCGUUCUACCUUGAGCGGGUUAAGACGCCCAUGAUAUUCAUAAACGCGCGCGAUGAUCCUAUAGUGCCUGAAGCACUGCUGCCCAACGUCAGGGAAUUUGUUAGUUCGUACGAUAAGAAAAUGUUCUUGGAAUUAGCGCAUGGAGGUCACCUAGGUUUCUAUGAAGGAGGUUUACUCUAUGCCAAUCCCGUGACGUGGCUAGACCGGGCUGUAGUGGGUCUCGUGGGAGGUCUUUUAAUGGCACACAACAAAUGCUCACCCAAAGAACACAUUGAAACUGACUGUUCGAUAUCAGACGAAGAACCUGAUCUCAUUAAAUCAGCUACAAUAUUAUAUAGAGACCCGUUAGACAAACAACACAAAUAUAAUACAUUCCCGUCGUAA